AUGACUUCCGCCCACAAAACUGCCGUUACGUCGUUCAAUUCGAACCAUGGCUCCUAUGACCAGUUCAGACCCUCGUUUAGGUCCUCUAUCGUCGAUCAAUUCUUACAAGAUUUGAAUCUAGGAAAUGACAAGAAGAAGCGGAUUUUGGAGUUGGCCGCCGGUACCGGAAAAUUCACCAAAAGCUUAGUCGAUAAGGGAUACACCAACUUAGUUGUUGUGGAACCAUCUGAAGGAAUGUUGCAAACAUUUCACCAGAACUUUCCAGACAUUGAAACUCAUUUGGGUUCUUCGUAUGACAUUCCUCUUAAGGAUGAUAGUGUGGAUGCCGUGGUAGUGGCGCAAGGAUUUCACUGGUUUAGUGACGAGGCAUCGCUUGAGGAAAUUAAGCGGGUUUUAAAGAACGGGGGCAAGUUUGGUUGCAUUUGGAACUACGAUACCUACUCAAAGCUGCAAAUUUUGAACACACCUUUGCCGAGCGUCAAGUUUUUGUUUGAAGAUUUGGCGACUGAAACCGUUCAAGAAUUGUUAGACGGACCCAUUGAGCGGGAAACACCGUUUGAAGUUUCCAAAAAAAUCUAUGAUCAGCGUCCUUGGUGCCAUGAAGUUUCUACUUAUAUCUAUGGCUACGAUGUCAAUGUUCCCCAGUAUCGUCAUGGAAAAUGGAGAGAAGUCUUACAAAAUUCCAAAGUGUUUCCGCCCAUUGAAAAUGAGGGAUUCUUGCUCUACGAAUCUUUGAUACCCGAAGAUGAAGUGUUCAAAUACUGGGAAACACGGUCCUAUAUCACUGCUCUUCCUGACAGUGACAAGCAAACGAUACAGUACAAUCUUGGGUCUAUCAUGCGUGAUAAGGUAACAGAACUGGAUCGCAGUGGAGAUUCACUCAAGAGAAUCAUGGGAACACACUUUGUAGUGGUUCCUAAAGAGUGA